GCACCCUUUGGCUUUUUAGCUUUUGUGGACGCUUUGGAACACGCCUGGCAAUUUGCCAGCGCUCGUUUCGACGCCUGCCCGAACCGCUCUCGACGCCUGCGCGCCGCGCGCGGCGCGCAGCCUGCACAUUCAAAGAGCCAAAACAUGCGCACGCGCCCGCGCCGCACGAAGGUCGCCGAGGACAAGGCCCAGCAGCGGCGGCAACGGCGCGACGAGCGCGCGGCGCGGCGCCGCCGCCGACAGCAAGGGAGCGACGACGAGGACGACGACGAGGCGCUCGCGCGACGCCUGCAGCGCCAAUACGACGACGAAGCUCGAGGCCGCCGCCGCUCGAAGAAGAGAAGGCGGUCCGAGGAGGACACGGGCCUCGCGCGGAAGCCGCCGACGCCACGUCGAAGCGAAGUGACGCGACGAGAAAGUUUUGGAGUGAGACUCAAGCUGAACGGCGAGACCUCCGAGAAACUCAUCGCGAGCCCGCCGAAGCGACCCGUCGUCCCGCUCCCCACGCCGCCGAAGGAGGGCCUCACCCCAGAUUUAGAUCUCGAGCCCUGGAAGGUUGAUGGGUGGGACGCGCUCUGCUUGGUGUGCGGCGACGGCGGCGACGUGGCCUGCUGCGACGGCUGCCCCGCGGUGAUUCACCCGGCGUGUGCGGGACUGGCGAAGAUGCCCGAGGAAGACGAGCCCUUCUUCUGUCGCACGUGUGAGAAGGAUCGGUGCGGGUGCUGUUUGGAGGGGCCGAUCCGCAAAGAAGAUCAUGUGGUGUGUGGGGAGGAGCGAGCUUCCAUGCGGGCUCUCGGUUGUGGCCGGACCUUCCACUUGUCGUGUGUGGAACUGGAGAAGGUUCCCGAGGGCGACUGGCUCUGCGCGUCGUGCGGACUCAGCGUCUGUCGAUUCGCGUCGACGGCGUCUGCGCGCGCCGUCGGGACCGCCACACCAUCGUCAUGACGACGUUCCUCGCUCCUCGCCGCGCGCGAGUCGCCUCGCGACCGAAUCGGUCACACGCAGGUGCCAAGAAGAGGACGAGGAGCGGGAAUUGGAGGUUCCGCGGCGGGAACCGGACGCCGAGCUUCUGUUGGACGCGGAGGACUACUUGAAACUGCAGCAGCGGCGGUUGCGAGCUGGGGAUAGAAGAGGGGCGGCUCGGUGCUACCUGGAGGCGCGCAAGAGUCAACUGAGGGCCCACUCGCAAUCCGUUGAAAAAGGAGCGCCGCCGCGGGUGAGGUUGGUGUCAUAUUCCACGAAACGGCGAGGCCGGGCCAACGCGCCCUGGGCGCGGCGCAUCUUCGACGCCACUAGCUUAGAUCAUCCGGCGUUCUCGGCGACGCCGGAGAAUCGGGCGGCCAUGAUGAUGGGUAUACUGCCUUCUCGCCGGUACGAUCGCGGCGCCUUCACGCCAUCGACGCGACUCGUGUCCAUCAGGGGCCGUUCGCAGGUACGCGGCGGGCUGGUCCCACGAGGACGUGGCGCGGGCGCGGUCGUCGACGCCUUCUCUCGUGGCGGAGCCGGAGCCGGUGCAGCUGCGGAACCGCGAAGUGGUCCGGAAGGCUCCCCGUUCAAGAGUGGACGACAUUAAUGAGAGGAAGACGUUGCGCAAGAAGCAGCGGUGCGACGAGUUUUUACAACAGAAUCGGAGUCAAUCUGGUGGGCGGGACCUGGACGGCCGCGACGAGGAAGUUAGAGCGUUGAUCCGCAAAGAUUGGAAGCUGCGAGCGAUCAUCGACGAGUCGAGGCGCGAGAUCCAGGCGUAUCGUGGGCGCGUCGUCACGUUAGCUUAUGGCGACUUAUUGGGCCAGUUGCGGGCCGUGGCCUGCGUCGAGGAGGUCGCGUCAGUCUUGCGAAGGGAGUUCGGCGAGGCCGUCUCCGUCGACGCGAUCCACUUAGAUCUCAAAACGACGUUCAGUAGGUACUAAUAACACACACUAGUUA